GGCCUUAUGCGACAUGCCAUUAUUCUAAUUUAGAAACGUACUAUUGCAAAUACAUCUGCUUACAAGUAUAUAUCACGACUCCUAAUUAUAGAUCGAGUGCACUCUCGAUAAUAGUCAUCGGAAGCAUGAUAUGCACUUUCUAUUCUAUCUUGUCUGGCCACGAUUAAAGACGAGGUUUGCGCGGUUGACUUGGCGAGAUUUGUAAUUCCAAAGCACUAAAAUGGGCAAGGAAAAGACUCACAUCAACAUUGUGGUCAUCGGCCACGUGGACUCCGGAAAGUCCACCACCACUGGCCACUUGAUCUACAAGUGUGGCGGUAUCGACAAACGCACCAUUGAAAAGUUUGAGAAGGAGGCCCAGGAAAUGGGCAAGGGCUCAUUCAAGUACGCCUGGGUACUGGACAAACUAAAGGCUGAACGUGAGCGUGGUAUCACGAUCGACAUUGCUCUGUGGAAGUUUGAGACAGCCAAGUAUUAUGUGACCAUCAUUGACGCUCCCGGCCAUAGAGACUUCAUCAAGAACAUGAUUACUGGUACCUCCCAGGCCGACUGUGCCGUGUUGAUCGUGGCUGCGGGUACUGGCGAAUUCGAAGCCGGCAUCAGCAAGAACGGUCAAACCCGCGAACAUGCACUCCUCGCAUUCACUUUGGGUGUAAAACAACUAAUCGUGGGUGUUAACAAAAUGGACUCCACUGAGCCACCAUACCACGAGGCUCGCUAUGAGGAGAUCAAGAAGGAGGUCUCCUCGUACAUCAAGAAGAUCGGUUACAACCCUGUUACGGUCGCAUUCGUGCCGAUCUCGGGCUGGCACGGCGACAAUAUGCUGGAGCCAUCUGACAAAAUGCCAUGGUUCAAGGGGUGGACCAUCGACCGCAAGGAGGGACAGGUCGAGGGCAAAACCCUCAUUGAGGCUCUGGACGCCAUCCAGCCGCCUUCUCGGCCCACAGAGAAGCCGCUGCGUCUGCCUCUACAGGACGUGUACAAGAUAGGAGGCAUCGGAACUGUGCCCGUCGGACGAGUCGAGACCGGCAUCCUUAAGCCUGGUAUGGUUGUGGUGUUCGCACCGGCCGCUAUCACCACUGAGGUGAAGUCGGUGGAAAUGCACCACGAGGCACUGCAGGAGGCCAUGCCUGGCGACAACGUUGGAUUUAACGUUAAGAACGUGUCCGUGAAGGAACUGCGCCGCGGGUACGUCGCUGGGGACUCCAAGAACGCUCCACCGAAAGGAGCUUCUGAUUUCACCGCUCAGGUGAUCGUGUUAAACCAUCCUGGGCAAAUCAGCAAAGGCUACACUCCGGUGUUGGACUGCCACACUGCCCACAUCGCCUGCAAAUUUGCUGAGAUCAAGGAGAAGUGCGACCGUCGUACUGGCAAGACCACGGAGGUAGACCCGAAGUCGAUAAAGUCCGGUGAUGCGGCUAUCGUGACGCUGGUGCCGACCAAGCCGCUCUGCGUGGAGUCCUUCCAAGAAUUCCCGCCGCUCGGUCGCUUCGCCGUCCGCGAUAUGCGUCAGACUGUUGCAGUCGGCGUCAUCAAGAACGUUACUUUCAAGGAAGUAACUACGGGUAAAAUCACCAAGGCCGCCGAGAAGGCCCAGAAGAAGAAAUAACUAUGGUGCACCCCGAACAAAGUACUGCAGCCUGUAACCAUCGUCUGCAUUGUGGCGCUCCUCAGUUCCUCACCAUCCAGUGUAUAUCUAUCGUCUAAAAAUGUCUCUUCGGCAUGCGUCUUCUCACAAGUAUCUCCUUUUGGAUCCGACAAUACUGUUCUUUCGAACUUGGCAGCUAUCGGUUUUGAUGUUUUCCACGAGCGCC